AUUAAGCUUGCAACUACUAAUUGAGAUUUUUUUAACAUUUUAUAGGAACUAUUCUUGACUGCAGUGUACCAUUUCAUAUUAGCGUGAAAUGUUAAGCUUGUUGUAACUUUAAAGACAAUUAGUGAAGCAAAUUGAGUCUCUCAGAUGACACUUUCAAAUAGUUUUCUUCUUUUGUAUGCUUCUCAAAGUGGUCAGGCUCAAGCCAUUGCUGAAGAGAUAAAAGAAAAGGCACCUUCAUUUGGAUUAAAAGCUAGACUAUUCUGUCUUAGUUUAACUGAUAAAAGGUUUAGUAUUGAAAAAGAAUCCUGUAUUGUAUUCAUAGUAUCCACUACUGGUGACGGAGAACCUCCUGAUACAGCUGCAAAAUUUUUUAGGAGAUUAAAUCGACAAACUCUGAAACAAAACUUUUUACAACAUCUUAACUAUACAAUAUUAGCUCUAGGAGAUUCUAAUUAUAUAAAAUUCUGCUUGUUUGGUCGUACACUUGAGAAGCGAUUGCAAAACUUAUCUGCAAAAUCUUUUUAUCCUUCUGGCUAUGGAGAUGAUGCUUAUGGAAUUGAAACUGCUGUUGAUCCUUGGAUUUCCAAUCUGUGGCCUGCUUUAAGAAAACAGCUUGGUUUACCUGCUAUCUCUGAUGAAAUACAGACAAAUUCUUCUGCAGAGAUGAACUCCACUGAUUCAGUCACACCCUAUUUUCUAUCUGACUUAUCUUCAGUCAUUCCAUUAUUAAACAUUGAUGUUGCAAAGUGUCCAAAACUUCCUUCACCAGCUUUCAGUGUUUCAUAUGAAUCAAGCAUUUUGAGUUCAGAAGUUCAAUUUAUUCCUGAUGGUAAAGUUCUUCCUUCUCAAGGCUCUUCAUUAUCGUCUGUCAAUGUUAUUGCUGCAAGGAGGUUAACCUGUGGUGAAGAUGUAAAACCCACUUUAGAGCUUACGCUGAAAUUUGAGAAUGAAUGUAUACCAUAUGAACCUGGUGAUUCCUUUGGUUUUGUUUCCCCAAAUCCUUCAUCUGAAAUUAAUCAAUUGUUAGAAAGGCUUGGUUUGCAAGACAUAGCAGAUAAUAUCAUCCAUUUCAAGUUGACUACAAGCAUUAAAAAGAAUCUGCCUAGUCAUAUUCCAUCUAAUAAAUCUCUUAGAUUCAUAUUUUCAAACUGUGUUGAGAUUCGAUCUAUACCAAAAAAGAUAUUGCUUCGGAUUUUAGCUGAAUACACUUCUAAUCCAGACGAAAAAAACUGCCUUUUAUUUCUCAGUAGUACAAAUGGAUCAAAGUACUAUACAGACUGCAUAAGAAAACCAAAUAUAUCCAUUCUUGAUAUUUUAUUAAAUUUUCCAACUUGUUCACCACCUGUAGAAAUACUCUUGGAAUAUCUUCCAAGUUUGAAACCACGAUUUUAUUCUGUAUCAAGCUCUCCCCUGGAAGAUCCAACAAUAUUCAGGAUUGUUUUCAAUGUCAUAAAAGUGAAAAGAGGAGAAGGCAGAAUGCUUGACAGAGAAGGUGUCUGUACAGGAUGGCUAAAUAAAUUGUCUUCCCAAUUUCAUUCAGAAGUAGAUCUAUCAGAGCAAUUUUCAAAUCUUGAAUUGACAUCUACCAAGACUUCAGUUUAUGUUUAUAAAAGAACAAGCAACCACUUCCAAUUUCCGAGUAAUCUGGAUACUCCUGUAAUUAUGGUUGGCCCUGGAACUGGAUUAGCUCCCUUCAUUGGCUAUUUACAACACAGGGAGAAAUUUCAAAGUGAAGUAAAGCAAAAUGAUGUUUGGCUUUUUUAUGGAUGUCGAUGGUCUAGUAGGGAUUAUUUAUAUAAGUCAGAGCUGCGAAGAUUAAAGGAAGCUGGAAUUUUAACUCAUUUAAUUGUUUCUCAUUCUCAAGAGACAUCUUGUUUUGUACAAUCAAGAUAUGUUCAUGAAAGCAUUAGGCAACAUGCAUCUGGUUUGUUUGAGGCAAUAAACAAUGGGGCCAAAAUAUUGGUUUGUGGUGAUGCUCAACAUAUGGCACAUGAUGUUCAACAUGCAUUUAUUGAUAUAGUUAUCCAAUGCUUAGGUAUUUCAGAAAUUGAAGCAAAAUCCUUUAUUUGCAAAUUACAAAGUGAUCAUAGAUAUGUUAAUGAUGUCUGGAUUUAAAGUUUUAUUUUAUAUCAAUGAUAUUUAAUUGCCAUGUAAUUAGCUUAAAAUUUUUUUUUAUAUAAUAAAGAAAACUUAUGACAUGUUUUCGACUUGAGAACAAAAAUGCUCUUCUUAUUUUCUGUCUCAUCAUUUCUGGUUUAAAAAAAGGAAUUUGUUGCAUUUGGUGACUUUAACUAUUAAGCUUUUCUUUAAUUACAAUAAAAGUUUGAAACUUUAAUUGUAAUACAUGUUUAAGGUCAUUGAAUACUUUGAUUAGUUGUAGUAAAAAAUGUAAUAAAUCACUUUUAUAUUAUGCUUCUUAAAUAUAAUAAAUGGUUAAUUACUUUUUUUAAAUUAUUUUAAUAGAAAUUAUUUUUUUACGCUAUCUUUUGUUAUUGGUCAUUUACCUAUAGCCAUACACAUCAUUUUAAGGUAACAACUCUUCACUCCUUACCCAGGUUCAUAUCUCUGUUACUGCAGAAGUGCAUUAACAAUUUAAGGGUCUUCUUUAAAACUAAAUAGCAAUACAUAAUAAAAAAAUUUUUAACUACAAUUUUUUUUUUGUCAGAAUUAAUGUUAGCGAUUUUACUGCCAAGUACAUACUAACUACUAAUAAUUCAUACAAAGCUAAAUUAAAAUACCACAGUUUUCAAUGAACGAGCUAAGAGAGCUCUGAUUGCAAAAUUAUCCAAAAUAAAUAAAUAAACAAGGUCAAGAUUGGUCAGGAGAAGGGGUAAUGCACCAAACAUACAUAGCACUAAAAUAAUAGGUGUAUUUCUUUUUCUGAGCUGGUCAACACUUAAGUCAUGUGUAAAUGUGUUUCACACAUGACUUAAGUGUUGUUAAAUUAAUGUAGAGAUUUAUUGUUAAUAUUUUAAAAACAUGUAAAACUCAUCAUUUACUGGAAAAGCUUCUGGUUUUAGCUAGAAAUUUACAUGUAGCUCAAAUAUUUCUUUGAUUCUCCCUUUAAUUAAAUACAUUCAUUGUUAAAAUUUUGUCAUAUUUUUUCAGUCAAAUAGGUUGAGCAAAAUGAACUGAGGAAACACUAUAUUGUGUAAACAUUGAAAAUGCCACAAAAAAGUUUAGAUUUGAGAUGAACGAUUUUAAUAUAUGCAGAUGUGUAUGAAAUAUUGAUAGUUACAUUGGUAUGUAAUUUAAACUUAAUAAGAAAAUAAAUUUUCUGUUGAUUUAUUUGACACUUAAA